CUCCCGGCGGGGCUGCUGGAUCGCGCGACGGGUCGGUCGUACGAGCGCAACGCGUGUGCUAUGCGAAGCUUUCCAUUCACAUUUUAUUCAGUUUUUUAAGUGAGUGAAUAUUGGAGGAAUUUGGACGAUGCGGUGUGCGGGCGCGUGACCACGGACGGGCUGCUGAGCGCUCUGGCCCGCCUGCGCCGCCCGCCGCCUCCCCUCCCGCACCCCCACACGCACUCCAGACCCGCGGAUGGGCGUUCCCAGACCCCCAAGAUCCAAUCGUCUCGACCCUCCCCUGAACACCCCGCAGGUGGUGAGGGCAGCAUGACGGUGGCCCGCGGGGACGGGUCGCCGGAGCGGCUGGGGGGCGCGCUGCGUCGGCUGCACUACCGCGCCACGCGCCGCGCGCACUCCGCCGCCGCGCGACACCACUCCGGCACGCCCAAGGUACGCCGGUCCGCAGGUGGUGAGGGCAGCAUGACGGUGGCCCGCGGGGACGGGUCGCCGGAGCGGCUGGGGGGCGCGCUGCGUCGGCUGCACUACCGCGCCACGCGCCGCGCGCACUCCGCCGCCGCGCGACACCACUCCGGCACGCCCAAGGUACGCCGGUCCGCAGGUGGUGAGGGCAGCAUGACGGUGGCCCGCGGGAACGGGUCGCCGGAGCGGCUGGGGGGCGCGCUGCGUCGGCUGCACUACCGCGCCACGCGCCGCGCGCACUCCGCCGCCGCGCGACACCACUCCGGCACAACCAAGGUACGCCGGUCCGCAGGUGGUGAGGGCAGCAUGACGGUGGCCCGCGGGGACGGGUCGCCGGAGCGGCUGGGGGGCGCGCUGCGUCGGCUGCACUACCGCGCCACGCGCCGCGCGCACUCCGCCGCCGCGCGACACCACUCCGGCACGCCCAAGGUACGCCGGUCCGCAGGUGGUGAGGGCAGCAUGACGGUGGCCCGCGGGGACGGGUCGCCGGAGCGGCUGGGGGGCGCGCUGCGUCGGCUGCACUACCGCGCCACGCGCCGCGCGCACUCCGCCGCCGCGCGACACCACUCCGGCACGCCCAAGGUACGCCGGUCCGCAGGUGGUGAGGGCAGCAUGACGGUGGCCCGCGGGAACGGGUCGCCGGAGCGGCUGGGGGGCGCGCUGCGUCGGCUGCACUACCGCGCCACGCGCCGCGCGCACUCCGCCGCCGCGCGACACCACUCCGGCACAACCAAGGUACGCCGGUCCGCAGGUGGUGAGGGCAGCAUGACGGUGGCCCGCGGGGACGGGUCGCCGGAGCGGCUGGGGGGCGCGCUGCGUCGGCUGCACUACCGCGCCACGCGCCGCGCGCACUCCGCCGCCGCGCGACACCACUCCGGCACGCCCAAGGUACGCCGGUCCGCAGGUGGUGAGGGCAGCAUGACGGUGGCCCGCGGGGACGGGUCGCCGGAGCGGCUGGGGGGCGCGCUGCGUCGGCUGCACUACCGCGCCACGCGCCGCGCGCACUCCGCCGCCGCGCGACACCACUCCGGCACGCCCAAGGUACGCCGGUCCGCAGGUGGUGAGGGCAGCAUGACGGUGGCCCGCGGGAACGGGUCGCCGGAGCGGCUGGGGGGCGCGCUGCGUCGGCUGCACUACCGCGCCACGCGCCGCGCGCACUCCGCCGCCGCGCGACACCACUCCGGCACGCCCAAGGUUGUCGUGAUGGGCAGCAGCACCACAUCAGACAAGACCAUCAACACCAGCACCGACUCCGCCGCCACCGCCCUCACCUCCGUCACCGGCACCGAUGACUCCAUGGACGCAGAGCCCGACCUCAUCGACGCAGACCCUCCCCAACCGCCGCCGCAGCCCCAACCGCCGGCAGAACCACAGAAACCACCCAGCACCGCCCCCCCACACUACCAUCGAGCACAAAACAGCACAGAAUUCGAACCCCCAGCAUACGCCAUCCCCCAAUCAGCAACCGACACCAUGGACUCUCCCCGACCAGGUCCAGCUAGAUUCAUCUUCGAUGUCCCUUUACCCGACCCCAAAAAAAAUGACAAACCUCGCAAUAAAACCCAAGUUAGCCAAGCAGGCCUAGGCGGGCCUUCCACAUCUAUCCAAAUACCGUAUGACACAAAAACAGAGACACCGAAAAGUCCGAAAGCGCACCAAGUCAAAUAUGAAACGCAUUUUGAUUUCGAACCUGAAGCUGUGAAGAGAAGAGGCAGCGAACCGAGAAUGAAGAAUAAGCAGAAGAAAGAGAAGCAGGAGUAUUAUAAGGAUGAGGUUGCCAAGUUGAGGAGACAGUUGGAAGGGACGGAAGUGUUCACGACGAACAGGAGAAGAUCAUCCGCCCACCAGCAUUCUGUCCCACCGCCGUGUUCCAGAAGGCAAUCAACAGCUGCGCAAGUCCACGUAACUGCCAAUCCAUUGGACUCUGCCUCGUCCAUGCCCGCUGGGAGGACCACGAUAGUAGUGCAGCAGCCUUCCCUGUCCCUGGACUACGGCGGCUGUUCCACGAUCCUGGUGAGGGACGGUGAGGACGGAAGACGGAAGAGUAGGAUAUGCAGUGAUCAUAUUCAACAGCUCUUGGACGUGACGAGCCAGUUCACGUCUGAGGAUCUGCAUGAAUUCGAUAAGAGGUAUGGAAGUCCGCACCAUUCGCGCUCUCAGUCAGUCAAAGCGCAAAGGUCGCGGACAGGAGAGAGACAGCUGCUAGGCCUGCCGCAGCAGCGUGCCAGAGUCGCCUCCAUGCCCAACACUGGUGUAGAAGAGGAGUACUAUAGACUGAGACAUUUUAGUAUUACUGGUAAAGGCGUAAUCAACAGAGGCGAUUCGUUAAGAUCGAGAAGAUCGCGAUCCAACACAUCAGUAGCAUCCAGCGCGUCGAGUACUGAGGCCGUGACCCGGGCGUCUGCUCCAUGCUCCUUAGCGUCUUCCAGGGACUCUUCAGCCGGCCUCAGCACGUACCGAGUGCUGGUGAUAGGAGGCCCUGGCGUCGGGAAGUCCAGCCUGGUCGGACAGUUCAUGACGUCAGAGUACCUGCACGCUUAUGACACUAGCAUAGAUGAUGAAUCCGGUGAGAAGUCCGUUUGUGUGCUGCUGGCGGGCGACGAGUCUGAGAUCACGUUUCUAGAUUCUCCUCCAGACAAUGUAAUCUCGGAAGGAGCUGCUCAUGGCUACUGUGUAGUCUACUCAACAGCAGACCGAGCCAGCUUCGCGGAGGCGGAGCGAAGGUUGCAGGCUCUCUGGGCUGCUGGCCACACCACCAGGCGAGCUGUCAUACUGGUGGGAAACAAGGCUGACUUGGCACGGUCCAGGGUUGUGCCGACUGAUGAGGGUAAAGCGCUGGCCACAUCAUACGAAUGCAAGUUCAUCGAGACGUCAGUGGGCAUCAACCACAACGUGGACGAGCUGCUCGUGGGCCUCCUCACGCAGAUCAGGCUCAAGCAGCAGCACGCCGAGAGAGUGAGGAAACGCAGCACUUCUCGCAAGAACCGCAGCCGCGCGCGGUCGCCGCUCGAAACUGAAAUAGUGGCGUCGCCCGCGCCCGCCUCCGCGUCCAGCACGCCGCGGAAACGCACGCGACUGUCUGCCAGUGUAAAGGUCCGAGGUCUGCUGGGCCGCGUGUGGGCGCGCGACUCUAAGUCCAAGUCAUGCGAGAACCUGCACGUGCUGUAGCACUCCGUCGCCGAGCCCGUCGCCUGCUUCCCCUUCUUCGACUGCGGAGCCAACUACACUUAGCGUCACUUAUCUAGCUAAUCUGUUUUAUGUUAAUGCCAAACCCGUAAGGGACUAGUUCACGUUAGCCCAACGCCCUCGGUCAAAGUUUACUCACUUGGCAUACGUUUGCCGCGUGCGGCCGGUAAACAGGGCAAGCAAAGAAAAUAUUGUACACCGAAACCUUUAUCUUUUAGAUAUAUCUUUUGCUAAAACACGUUUCGAAAGUGAUGAAUGUAGUGAUUUUUAUAGCGUUAUUCAAUUCAAAAAAUUGUAAAUUAAUAUUUAUUUAAAGACUACAUAAUAAUUUGGUGAGUGAUAAAAAUUAUAAAAGCUAGGUAUAAAGGCGCAAGAUGUGUGAAGAUUUUUAAAAAGGUAUUAAAAGCUUAGUGCGAUAAUACACAUCGAUGAGAUAUGAGCAAUUGCUUUAGGCUAGAAUGCAAACGCAAAUAUGGCGGGCCGGCGACACUUUUAUAUUGACAACUUGAAGUUCAAUGAACAACUAAAUAUUCGUAAUCUUAAAAUAUGCAAUACAUAAUAUUUUGUAAGACAAACGUUCCAU